UAUUUAUCCUAGCUUGCACGCGGAAUUUGUGGAGUUAAAAAAAGCAAGGAAAUCCAACGAGUCACCCUUUCGCGCCACAGCAGAGCCGAUGUGAUGUGUCAAGUGCUUGAAGAAUACCACGAACCGUUGGAGCAGGAGCUACGAAGCGCGUCAAAGAAAUGUGUCAAAUGCAAGGAGGUGCUUGCCGUCGUGGUCAUCAGAGCAGGAGACAAAUACUGCAGGGACUGUUUUGACCAGUACUUCCGUCACAAAUUCAGAGCUAUGCUGGGCAAGAACAGGAUCAUUUUCCCUGGAGAAAAGGUUCUCCUUGCUGUAUCUGGAGGUCCUUCUUCCAGUUCUAUGCUCCGCCAAGUUCAAGAGGGUUUCAGUCAGAGUACCCACAAAAAGUUGAGAUUCAUGCCAGGCAUCGUCUACGUUGAUGAGGGUGGUGCUUUGGGUCAGUCUGCUGAGGAGAGACGGCAAACGGUGGCAAAGAUGGAGGACAUGUUUAAAGCCACGGGGUUCCCCUUCCACAUGCUGCCUCUGGAACAGGUUCUUGACAUCCCCAGUUCAGUCAUGGUGAAAGCUCCGUCUUCCCCACAAGCAGCAAGUGCCUACAAAGCAGCUGUGGAUCGCUUCAUCCGUAAUGGCGUCAGCAGCGAUGUAACACCUGAGGAGAAGGUUGGAACAUCACCGCCGUAUGUUCUGGAGUCCCAAACGCACUCCUUACGGCAGCUAAUGGACUCCGCUAAGACUCUGACUGCUAGAGAAGAUCUCAUGAGCAUGUUAAGACAGCAGCUGCUCGUGCACACAGCUCGCUGUGAAGGCUACAGCAAAGUCAUGUUGGGACACAACUGCACCAGACUGGCUGUUCAACUUCUUACGAGUAUCUCACUGGGCAGAGGAGCACACCUCGCUCAAGACACGGCAUUCUCAGACUCUCGCUAUGGUGACAUUAUAUCUGUGAGGCCAAUGAGGGACUACAGUGCUAAAGAAAUAGCCUACUAUAACCAUCUUUUUCAUGUGCCUUGUGUCUUCACACCAAACCUGCACACCAAGGCUAAAGAAAAGUCCAGUAUCCAGCAUUUGACAGAGAGCUUUGUCAAUAAACUGCAAGUCGAUUUUCCUUCCACUGUCAGCACCAUCUACAGAACAAGUGAAAAGCUGCAAACGGCUUGUAAGAAUUCGUCUUCCGAGGACCAUUGUGACAAAUGUCUGCUCUGUAUGUGUUCUCUGGACACUUCAGUUGAGAUGGCGUCAGCCUUCCAGGCCACUCUUAUGUCAGAACGUCUCUCUCAGCCAAAGUCUGUAGGCGCCAACAGUCUCUUUCCAAGAGAAAACCCAGAAUGGAGUGGAACCCCUGCAGGUAGCUGCUGUAAAGGCACCGGACAGAACUGCGUGGAAGACGGGGGCUGCUCUUCUGCUUUCAGUCCUCCGUGGACGUUCUCCCUCAGUGCAUCUUGUCGGAGGCUCAGAGGAGGCAAAACAGGUCUCGCAUGAGAGAGGAGAUCAGUGAUUUCCUGCUGGAUGAUUAGAAUGGAAAAGUACACAACUGAAGCUAAAUGAUUGCAUCCAACUCUUUGUAGAAUAUUCAGGAACAAUAUUCAGGUUAGUGCGAGUCACAGUAUGUGUACCAUCAUGUAAUACACCCCUGCACUACACGUCAACAUGUAACUUUUAUCCAAUAUUGUCACCUAAGCUUUUAAAAUGAUUCUAAUAUUGCGUUUUUGUAUGGCUUGUAAUAAAGUGCAAUCUUUGCACCUUUCAUGUAAGUGCACAGGAGCAACAAAAAAAAAAGUUUUGCCUUGCAUGAAAUUGUACUUCUGUCAUCUCCAGUGGUGUGAAAACGUGUUAGCCCCGUACCGGAUUUGUUUUUUUUCUUUUUUGCAUGUUUGUCACACUUAAAUGUUUCUGAUCAUCAAACAAAUUUAAAUAUUAGUCAUUAACAGCACAACUGAACACAAAAUGCAGUAUUUAAAUGAAACAUUUUAUUAUUAAGGGAGAAAAAAAAAUCCAAACCUACAUGUCCAUGUGUGAAAAAGUGAUUUCCCCCUAAAUCUAAUAACUGGUUGGGCCCCCCUUAGCAGCAACAUAACUUGCAAUGAGUCUCUUACAGCGCUGUGGAGGAAUUUUGACCCACACCCACACAUGCACACACACACACACACGCACACACACAUGCACACACACACACACACACACACACACACACACAUCAGUUUGAAACAACACAAAUGGAAUAUUUUGAUAGUUAGAACAUAGAAAACGUGUUUACAACCUUCUAAAUAUGUUCUUUAACAUUAUUAAAGCCCUCUAGACAUGAAAUAACACCCCUACAGUCACUUUUACACUCACAUUAAACAAUAUAGUAGACAUGAUAAGAGAAAAUAAGCCAUUUAAGACAUAAAUAAGGCUCGUGUGCAUUGCUGUAAAUGUGUUCAGAGUUGAGUUUUAGCUUAGCGUGGGUUACGGCUGCAACAGUAGCUUGUGUUUUUGUUAGGGAUUAUUGUGCAUGUUGUGAGAUAAUUCAAACCUGCAAUAAAAGUCUGGUGCUUGUGCGUCUAACCAAACAUUAGAGCCUUAUAUUUGUAUUUUAAUUCAUUUAGCCAUUUAUAUGCUUUAAAAUGCUUAAUUUUGGCAAAAAAAGACAUAACAUUAGCUUAAAUAGGCAUAUUUCUUGACCGACCACGAAACGACAUGAUUUGAUUUUGGGAAUACAGUGUUCCCUCGCUCCAUCUCCAUUUUUUUUUUUUUAGUGUUUUUCUUUUUUUGUUGAUAUUUUUUUUUUGUUUUGUUUUAGUGUUGUAGUUCACAGGCAGCGGUGUCUCUAUUCUGUCUCUUCUGUCUGCACCACUCAUUGUUUUCUGUGUCCUGAUUGGCUGCAGGCCAUUGUCAAUCAAUCUCCUUUGUGCCGCCUUCUGUUGUGGUUGUGGUUGUGGUCCUGGCUACCAAACUAGCUAACCGUGUGAGCUGCUUGCUCACCGCCAAUACUGUAAACAACAGAGAAACAGGAGAAGCUAACCGUGUGAGGCAAACACCGCGACAAGAGCAAUAUGUUUUAACAAGGAUACAAAAACACUACAGCCGAACAGCCCCAGGACAAAGAGACAUGGCCAUAGGCGGCAUGGCGGAUUUCACUUAUUGCGGGCUAUUUUGGAACCUAUCUCUUGCGAUACACGAGGGAACGCUGUGUAUUUCUGAAAAGCCGUGAUAGAGCGAAGCCCCCGGUGUGACGGACUUUGCACUGAUGUGUGGAGGUUUGGCUUGAGAUGUUUGACCAGCAAACGCUCCACUGUAACAUAAAGUUAGCAAGCCUCGCACGUGUUUGUCUUCCAGCUUGGUCUGGGUAUCGCGGUCACCUUGUGCUUGGCGGGCUGAAGGACCACACCGAACUUGCCCUCCAACAGGGGAGGGGGUUGACCUGGCGGGGUAGAGAGCGUGAAGCGCUGCAGAAUCCAGGCCAGGAAAAGAAAAAGUUCCAUCUUGGCUAAGGAUUCUCCUAGACACACCCUGAUCCCAGCUCCAAAAGGCAGGUAACUGGGCGAUGGGAUGACCAGACCUGUGCCGUCACUGUUCAAGAAUCGAGCUGCAAAAAGGUGACAGGAUUGUAUUAGUCAUUCAUUCACUCAUUCACAGAACAACAUAGAUAGACGGCCCUGAGUACAGGAAGUGCUCAAUGCCCUGAAUGUGAGAAAAAUUUAAUUUUUGUCACAAAAAACUGGAAAUUACAGGAAAGGUGUGCAUUUUGGAAUGUGGAAAAAGGUGAGCCUGCAAGGUUUCGACGUUGGAAAGGACUCAGAAAUGCAGAUAAUUUUAUCGUGUGAGCGCUGUCGAGCGUAACAAAUAUUUGGUAAUAGUACAGGGUAUUUUUCAGCCUAUCCCAGCUGACUUUUGGCGAGAGGCGGGGUACACACCGGGAUCAAAGCGCUCAGGGUGUUUCCAUUCCUUCUGGUCGUGGUGCAAAGACCACAGGUUGAUGAUGACUCGGGUUCCUUUUUGCACCUUGAAAUUCCCGAGGCUACAAAGCACAUAAAAGAUGAUAAAAGAUUCAAAUGGAAAACAACAGAUUUUCGUCAGGGAAGCUUUUUAAUACCAAAGUUUGGACAGUAAUCCCUCACCACGUGGUGCUUCCAAUUUCGUGGCUUCACUCGCUUGGUUUUUCAGAAAUAUAUUAAUAAAUCUUGCUGUUUUGUGGUUGAAUAAGUAAUUUAAAAAUAUGCAUAUUUAACCCUCAGGGGUCCAUUUAAUUUCCUAUCAUUUAGGGUCCCUAAAGGACAAAAAAGUCUACUCUCAAAAACUGCUAUAAAAAAAUAACAGAUGAAUAUUUGUUUCUACUUUUUUGGCGUAGAUCUGCCAAUCAACUUGGGUUCUAAUAACGAAAAUAUUACACAUGUAAAUAUUUUUAUUAUAGUAACCCUCUAAAUGGCCAUUUGGUUCGAUGAUGUUACAGUUUUUGCUUGGAAAAAUACAAACAAAAUGAGUUAUGUUCCCUAUAAUAAAUGUUAGAGGGCUGGGGCUCUAUGUCUAAGAUCAGACUUAACGAUGCAUAAGAUUAGUAGUCAAAUUAAUGUUGAUGCUUUCGUGUUUUUGCAGGGUCAGAUUCCAAAUUUCUCAACUUUUUCGGGUCCCCAGAGGACAAAAAAAGUCCUAUUGACUUACAUUACAAGCACCAUUUUUCACCUCAAUGUAAUUAGACAAUAGAAACAUGCAUAUUCUCAUUUCAGGGUUUAUUUAGUUUAAAAUUAGUCCAAUUUGUCACAUGUACUUUUUAGCAUGAGAUUGGACAAUUUUGGGAAAUUUGACCUGGGCACCUGGUUGACCUAGGAACAAGUUUAAAAUUAGAAUUUUAUGAUUUUUCAUGGAAAAAAAACAUCUUGGGGGAAAAAUCAGGCUAUAGGGAGUAACACAACCAAAGUUACAAGCAAAAAACAUGCAAAAAUGUUCCUGCAAGGAAAUCAUCAUCACCCUUGGGGACCCCAGAGGUUUAAGCAAAUUUUAUGUUUUUCCUGCCUAAAUUAAGCAUUUUCAAGCAUGAAAAGUUCAUGUCUAGAGGGCUCUAAUAAUGUUAAAAACUGUAUUUAGAAGGUUGUAAACAGAUGUUCUAGGCUCUAUGAAAAUCCUACUUCGCGGAAAGUCGCUCAUCACGGUCGGGUCUGGAACCAAUUCAGCGCGAUAAACGAGGGACUACUGUACAUGAUUGGUGAUUUUCCAAAACGCGACUGUACCUGGUGUCACAGAGCGCCACAUGGGGGAUGAGCAGAGGCGCCACGGGACGGAUCCGCAGCACCUCCUUGAUGGUGGCCUCCAGGUGUGGCAGACUGCCUCUGUCACUAAGGCGGGGACUCUGACAUCCUAACUUGCUGUCUAGCUCCUCCUGGAUGCGUUUCUGCACCUGAACACAACACGCAGACUUAGUUAUGAUCUGCAUGCAAACACUACGUAUGUGUCACGUUGACGUCAUGUAGAAUUUUGAGGAAGCUUUAAACAGAAUCAAUUUUGGAAUAACACCAAACAAACCUUCCGGAUGCCCUGGAAGUCAAGUUAAGCUUUGUGGCUUUUCUUUGCUUUUCUCAAGCUGAAUGACGAUGUAAACAUGGUUUCACCUCAGGGUGAUGGAUGAGGUAGAUGAUGGCCCAUCGGAGGACAGUGACGGUGGUUUCCACACCGGCUCCAAAGAUGUCCCCCACAGUCAUCAGGAUGUGGUCAUCGCUGAGGUCCACUGAACCCUCGCCGCUCAUUUCCGUCGUGUUGUUGUUCUCGGCGCUGCGCUUGGCUCUCAGGAGAGCAUCCAUGAGGUCUCUCUGCAAGUGAUCACUGUAGGUUGCCUGGGAGUUAGUUGCACACAGACGGCGUAGGUCAUGUUAUAUGUCCGCACGCAUUUGUGGCCGUGCUUUGUGCUGGAGUCCGCUCAAAGCAGAAGAUCUGAAGAUGCUAACUGAAUCAUGACGAGGAGCGGUGGGCUCCACCACCAACACUGACUGACUCCAGUUGAUCUUUUUGUAUUAUUGUGUCGUCUUAGCCAACAACAUAUAUUGUUGCAACUAUGUAAUGAUUACAGUCCACCCUACCUUGUGUUCCUCGUAUUUCUUAUGGAGAAGUUGGUCUCUGAUUGAAACACAUUGUUUCAGGAGCCGCAGGUCGUAAUUGGGAAAAAUCUGCAAAAUGAGAUGGAUUUUAUCUUCACGCAUGAUUCAUUAUCAUUUCUUAUAAUCCCACAUGCAGGAUUCAGAACGCAUUGUGUCAUCAAAUUUAUCAUUAUUUUGAGUGCUGAAGGCUCUUAUUGAUAGAAAAGUGCCUGACAAAGUGAACCCUGACGUCACCUCCUGUCUGCCCCCUACUCAGAUCCUCAUCACUGGAACACAUCUUAUUUCUGUCUUAAAUUGCUUAUUUACUCUUAUGUCUACUAUAAUGGGUAAUAGGGGUGUAAAGGUGACUUUAGGGAUGUUAUUUCAUGUCUAGAGGGCUAUAAUAAUGUUAAACCUGUAUUUAGAAGGUUGUAAACAGGUUUUCUAAGAUGUAACUUUGAAAAUAUUACAUGUAUAAUUAAGAUGCCUUAAUGCAGGGAAAUCUGGUCAGCUCUAGAACCAUUUAAUAUGAUAAAGGAGGGAUUCCUGUAUAUGGAUGAUGUUAGUAUGAAUGUAAACACUGAUGGUUCGUGGAACAUUACAACUGGAGAAGAGUGCUCUUAUCCACUUGUAGCGCUGGAAGGAUACGUGUGUGCUUUCUAUUGCUAACUUUGUCACAUUAGUGUUUUUGUUUUAAGACAUUAGCUGCAGUAUUAAUUUCUUCGUCAACGACACUUUUUGUCCCUUGACGAAAAACGGUACAACUCAACUAAACGGAUGGCCGUUGACAAAACUAUGGCGAAAUGAAUAAUGACAUUUACGCCAACGAAUGAAUCGAGACGAAAAUGUUGACAGAAGUGAAAUCCAAGCGUGUCUCAUUUGGUCUUUUAGGUGGUAAGUGUGUUGUUUAUCUAUAACUGACGAGAUUUCGUGUAGAAGCCCUUAUUUACGUGCGUCUUUGAACACAACACAUUUGGCAAGAAACUCUUCUUUGAGGCUGGCUCAGGCACACCACUGAGGAUAUGAGUACACCUAGUGGCCACAUUAGGUAUUACAGUCAGUUUAACUGCAUCGAACCGACAUACAGUAUAUGGAAAAAAAAUAGGUCUAUUAAUUUCCGGUGAUUGACUUAUUGAUAUAUUCAUUGAGAACAGGUGUACUUUUUUCUUUGAAGAGUGUUACUGAGACUGCAGGUAGCCUAAAGAAAGUUAGGAUAGAGACGGUUCCGUGGAUGUAUGCCAUGUGUAUACUGAUACAAGCAUCCAAGCCACACAGGAAUAUCUUUGGUGUCUACCUGUAGCCAAGGGAAAAUAUCCACCAGGCUGUCUUUGGCUACAGUGUCCACAAUGCCCUGGCUGUAAAGAAGCAUGGCCUCAAAGUCAGGAUCUCCUCUGCAGUAUGUGGCGUUGAAACAUAAAGAACACACCACGUUGGUGACGGCGCGCGUCAGCUCAGGAGAAAAGUCCAGUGAUGCCUCAGCUUUGUCCACAAGGAUGGAGCAAAGAGACUGAGCCUGUGUGCAGACUGCGGAGGACACCUUAUUACCACUGCGUGCAUUUCACAAAUAAACACUGUGCAAAAUAAGACACAUACAGCAAUUUGCAUCGUAAGAUAUAGAAAAAGUGCCAUAAACAAGAUCACGGCUAAUUAAAGGAAGACACUUAUUUUGUUUUUUAUUGUGAAGACAGGAAGUGUGCCGUUUUGGCUUUGGGCCGUGUAGCGACAAUGUGGGGCCACGCUUGCUAACAAAAUGCUUCUUUCGAGUAGUGAUGUGUGGAUCGAUACUUCCAAUACCAGCUCUUCAUGCUCUAAAAUCGAUACUCAAAUCAAAAUAUCGAUACUUUUGAUACUUUAGUCUUUUUGAAAAACGUUUGUUGAAACGAUGACCGAUCGUAAACAGUUUUCAUUCUUAUAGUAGUUCUUAAUCAUUUAUUUUAAUGGUUGCUUUACCUUUUUUAUUGGUUAAAAUACUGUUUUCACAUAUUUUAUAUGAUUUUUUCCUUCUGAUGUUUCUGUCGUCGUAUAUAUUGUCUUGGCUAUAUUGUAAACCACCCUGCUACCUCAAUAUACUUCAGGGUUUCAAAUAAAUAAAUAAAUAAAUUCAUUUAUUUUCUAUGCCGCUUAGUCCUCAUUAGGGUGGCGGGGGUACGCUGGAGCCUAUCCCAGCUGACUUUGGGCAGGAGG